GAGUCCACCGAGCGUCCGAGCCGCACCGCGUCCAUUCAAACGCUGCCCAGUCCCCUCGACUCCGCCCGUCCAUCAUCCUCCGCACCUCUGGGCCGGCCUCGGGGCAGCCUUUCCCUCCUCUCCUGCAGAGCCCGAGGGAUACUAGAUUUGCACUGCAUUUUGGGAUUCGUCGACACUUAAAAUGCCACCUGCAAUUGGAGGACCAGUCGGAUAUACCCCCCCAGAUGGAGGCUGGGGGUGGGCAGUGGUAGUUGGAGCUUUCAUUUCUAUCGGCUUCUCUUAUGCAUUUCCCAAAUCCAUCACUGUCUUCUUCAAAGAAAUUGAAGUUUUAUUCAGUGCUACUACCAGUGAAGUGUCAUGGAUAUCGUCCAUCAUGCUGGCUGUCAUGUAUGCUGGAGGUCCUAUCAGCAGUGUCCUGGUGAAUAAAUAUGGCAGCCGUCCGGUAAUGAUGGCUGGUGGCUGCUUGUCUGGUUGUGGCUUGAUUGCAGCGUCUUUCUGUAACACAGUGAAGGAACUUUACUUCUGCAUUGGCGUCAUUGGAGGUCUUGGGCUUGCUUUCAACUUGAACCCAGCUCUGACCAUGAUUGGCAAGUAUUUCUACAAGAAGCGACCAUUGGCCAAUGGGCUGGCCAUGGCAGGCAGCCCUGUGUUCCUCUCUACCCUGGCUCCACUUAAUCAGGCUUUCUUUGGUAUUUUUGGCUUGAAAGGAAGCCUCCUAAUUCUCGGGGGCCUCCUGCUAAACUGUUGUGUAGCUGGAUCCCUGAUGCGACCAAUAGGGCCUAAACCAGGCAAGGUAGAAAAGCUGAAGUCCAAAGAGUCUCUUGAGGAAGCUGGAAAAUCUGAUGCCAACACAGAUCUCAUUGGAGGAAGCCCCAAAGGAGAAAAGUCGUCAGCCUUGCAAAUAAUUAAUAAGUUCCUGGACCUGUCCCUGUUUGCCCACAGAGGCUUUUUGCUGUACCUGUCUGGAAAUGUGGUCAUGUUUUUUGGACUCUUUACCCCUUUGGUCUUUCUUAGUAAUUAUGGUAAGAGUCAGCAUUACUCCAGUGAGAAGUCAGCCUUCCUCCUUUCCAUUCUGGCUUUUGUCGAUAUGGUGGCCAGACCUUCCAUGGGACUUGUAGCCAACACUAAGUGGAUCAGACCUCGGGUCCAGUACUUCUUUGCUGCCUCUGUUGUUGCAAAUGGAGUGUGCCAUUUGCUAGCACCUUUGUCUACCACCUAUGUUGGGUUCUGUGUCUACGCGGGAUUUUUUGGAUUUGCCUUUGGUUGGCUCAGCUCCGUAUUAUUUGAAACACUGAUGGACCUUGUUGGACCCCAGAGGUUCUCCAGUGCUGUGGGCUUGGUGACCAUUGUGGAAUGCUGUCCUGUCCUCCUAGGACCACCACUUUUAGGCCGCCUCAAUGACAUGUACGGAGACUACAAGUACACGUACUGGGCCUGUGGCGUGAUCCUCAUCAUCGCGGGCAUCUAUCUCUUCAUCGGCAUGGGCAUCAAUUACCGACUCUUGGCCAAAGAACAGAAGGCAGAGGAGAAGCAGAAAAGGGAAGCUAAGGAGGAGGAGGCCGGCACAGACGCCGGCGAGAAGCCCAAGGAAGUAACCAAAGCAGCACAGUCCUCGCAGCAGCAGAACAGCGCCGGAGAGCCCGCAGAGGAGGAGAGUCCCGUGUGAACGGAGCAAGCAGAGCAGUGUGUGACCCGAGCCGACAUCUGAAACCAUUCUGCUGGCCUCUAGUCUACCAGUGGUGCUCAAUGCAGACAGUGGACAUUUCUGUGGAAACCUA